CCGCCGUCUUUCACAUCCUACACGACCGAACGACUGGUCGGCCGAGGAAUCCGUCUCCGUCUGCCUCACGACUUCACGUACGCUUCAUUGCGACAACCUGAAGUCAUUCAUCGGUCUCUUUCAUCUCUUCAUUUCACCUUGUAAUACAAAGAGAAGAAACAUCAAUUGCCAAUCGAUACGACUCUGCCUGCCCAAGCUCGAGCUCAGCUCCAACGAUCUCUUGCGCGCGCGUGCCUUGGACUGUCCUCUAGUCCAUAGCUCUGGUGUGGUCAUCCUGCAUUGACGACACUCGGCGUCACUGCGUCGCUGUCUCUCUCUUGCAAAGACAAACAUGGCUGGUAUCGCUCUACCUACCUCGAACCAGCAGCAGCAGCAAUCAUCAAAUGGCAAAGCAGUCGUGAACGGUGGCGGGGGUGGGAAUGAGGGUGGUGGGCAGUCAGAUGCACAAAAGGAUGCCAACGCUACGGCUCUGCAGGACUACAAGAAUAGCGCCCUGGGCUCCGCCGACGCUGCUAUUCAGCAAGGCUUGCCCUUGCCAGUCUUGCAAAACAUCGUGGCGACGGUGAAUCUGGAAGUCCGGCUCGACCUGAAGACCAUCGCACUGCACGCCCGCAAUGCAGAAUACAACCCAAAGCGUUUUGCAGCUGUGAUCAUGCGUAUUCGAGAGCCAAAGACGACGGCACUGAUUUUCGCUUCGGGCAAGAUGGUCGUGACGGGUGCUAAGUCUGAAGAUGACAGCCGACUGGCAAGUCGCAAGUACGCUCGUAUCAUCCAAAAGCUCGGCUUCGAAGCCAAAUUUACAGAGUUCAAGAUCCAGAACAUUGUCGGAUCCUGUGAUGUGCGCUUCCCCAUCCGACUCGAGGGUCUCGCCUACGGCCACGGAGUUUACUCUUCGUACGAACCUGAGCUCUUCCCCGGUCUCAUCUACCGUAUGGUGAAGCCGAAGGUCGUAUUGCUGAUCUUUGUCUCUGGCAAGAUUGUGCUGACGGGAGCUAAGGUCAGAGAAGAGAUCUACCAAGCCUUCAACCUGAUCUAUCCUGUGCUGUCCGAAUUCAGGAAGCCUUAGAGACCGUGGGAUGAGACUAAGGG